AUGAGCCGUGAUUGGCAACAACGUUCAACCCUGGCAUGGUCCAACAUCUCGAGGGAUCAGCCCAUUGCUACUGCACGCAAACUUAUCUAUGAGAAAAAUUAUGGUGUUGACAGUAUGGCCGUUGAGGCGCUUCUCAAACCUGAUUCCUGGAUGCCGAAUUUAAAUGCGCUGUCCGACAAACUUAGUGCAUUCGGAUUCAACGUAUUUGCAGCGCUUGUCGUCGAUCUCCUUCACGAGUUUGAGCUGGGGAUAUGGCGCAUGCUCCUGAUUCAUUUACUGAGAAUUCUGACUGCAUUGAACAAGGACUUAGUACAUGAGCUUGACAAGAGGUGCCGAAUUUGUUUUUUCAUGACAGUCCGGGGUACUCAUUUCCAUCUCUGA